UCUAAACAUACAGAACAUCCAAUGAGUUAAAUUGCGUGCGUUAUUGCGAUAAUCUAGUGGUUUCUAGCCGUGAUUUUAUCAAAAAUAGGAUGGACCAAUCAUUCUCGAAGCGUAUUCGGCUCAAUUCAUAUUUGUAUCGUACCCGUAACCGUAUAGUGGAGCAAGACCAGCUAGAAGAAAAUAAUACCAGUGAAAGAGAAAAUAAUAAUGCACAUACGCCAGAUGUUGGUGCUACAUCCUCACACGACAGUUUUCUUGUGGAACAUGAUUAUGUUGAAGAUGAUCAUGAAACUACUGCAUACGCUGAGGAAGAAGAGGCUGUAAUCGAUUAUCUCGAAAGCUCUGACGAGGAACAAGAAACAUCAAACGAACCAUUCUCCGUAAAAGAAGCUUUGCAAAUGUGGGCGGUGUCUACAAAUCAAACAUAUGAUUCCAUCGAAGAAGUCAUGGGUAUAAUCGGUAAAGUAAGUUCUUGCAAAUUGCCAAAAGAUGCUAGAACUUUGCUAAAAAUCAACCGCAAUCGCUCUUCGGAAAUUAUUAACGUGCAAGGUGGACAGUAUUGGUAUCGUGGGAUUCAAAAUUGCUUCACCAACGAGUUAAGCGAUGUAAUCUUUGAAGCUGAUAAAACAAUUUUACUGAACGUGUCAAUAGACGGACGGAAAUUAUUAACGUGCAAGGUGGACAGUAUUGGUAUCGUGGGAUUCAAAAUUGCUUCACCAACGAGUUAAGCGAUGUAAUCUUUGAAGCUGAUAAAACAAUUUUACUGAACGUGUCAAUAGACGGAUUGCCGAUUGCCAAAAGCAACAAUCUACAAUUUUGGCCAAUUCUAUUUAACAUUCAUGGAAUGCCGGAAAUACCAGUCAUGCCAAUUUCAAUCUAUUGUGGAGCAACAAAACCAGCCAGCAUAGAACAAUUUCUCCGACCUUUUGUAGAUGAGGUUAAUUUUCUCACAAAAAAUCGUGUGGUUGUAAAAAACAAGAAGUUUAACAUCAAAUUACGUGCUAUUAUCGCCGAUUCUCCUCCAAGAGCUUUU